AUGUCUCCAGAACAGUACCUCGCCGGCAAGACUGCCAUUGUUACAGGCUCAUCUAAGCUCAAUGGUAUCGGCGCCGCAACAGCUCUUGUUCUCGCCAAGCAUGGUGCCAACAUUGUAAUCCACUAUGCUUCUAACAAGGAAGCUGCUGAAAAAGUCGUCGCACAAGUCAAAAAAACCGGAGUUCAGGUCAUUGCUGUCAAAGCAGAUUCGUCGUCCGAGUCAUUCGGUACGGAUCUCGUCAAGGCUAGCUUGGAAGGUCUGAACACAAAGACAAUCGACAUCAUUGUCAACAACGCAGGCCAAGCAAUCGCACAUCCUGAGAUCGCAGCUAUUGGAGCUACCAACUGGGACGAUAUCUUCAGAACCAAUGUCCGAGGCCCAUUUCUCCUUAUCCAAGCCGCUCUUCCUCACAUGACCCGCCGAGGUCGCAUCAUCAACAUCGGCAGCAUUGCUGGAAAACUUAGGAUUCCUGCACUGACUGUUUACGGAACCUCAAAGGCCGCUCUGACAUUCAUGUCCACUGCCAUGGCCGGCGAGCUGGCAUCAAAGGGGAUCACUAUCAACGUCGUCUCUCCUGGACCCACAGCAACAGACAUGACAAUGGAGGGAACGCCUAUUGGGGAAGUCUUGAGGAGUCACCAGGUUGAUAAGAGAGAGGGCCACCCUGGAGAGAUCGCAGAAACUAUCUUGUUUAUCGCAAGUCCUGGCUCUAGCUUUAUCACAGGACAGGUCAUUCCUGUGGAUGGAGGGAUCCAUAUGCCAUAA